UUCUAUAAAUAUAAGCUCGCCUCGCGCGCUAGCUCCCUGAGUAGAGCUGCUUCUGGGCAAAGCAGAGGCCUCGUCGGUUAGGGCCUCCGAGAGGAAAAAAGGGACGCGAAAAGAUGGCGAAGCCUCGCAAAUCGAAGAAUGACGACCAAAAAGUCGAGAAUUUAGGCGCCGUUGUUCGACAUCAGAAGCUCUGUCUAUCCAUCGACAUGGAAAAACGUCUGAUUUACGGGUAUACGGAAUUGAAAAUUGCUGUUCCGGAGAGUGGCAUAGUUGGAUUACACGCAGACAAUAUGAAAAUCGAUAAGGUCUCUGUUGAUGGAGAGCCAGCUGAGUAUGAAUUCUCACCACUAUGUCAACCAGUGGAGGAUAAGCGGAGAUGGCACUUUGUUUCAUCCGCUUCUUUUGCUGCUGACGCUGCAUGCUCGACGUAUUUAUCGUCUCUCGAUAAAGAAAUGGCUUCGAAUCUGUUAAUUAAGUGUUGUAAGCCAGCAAAAGUAGUGAGUGAGCCAGAGGAACAGGGGAAUGGCGGGAACAGUACGCAACCCUCUGGCGAACCCAAGCAGAAUUUGAAACUUGUCCGUAUUGACUAUUGGGUGGAGAAAGCGGAGACAGGGAUUCAUUUUUCGAGUAAUGUGCUGCAUACUAAUAACCAGAUGAGGCGUGCACGUUGCUGGUUCCCUUGUAUGGACUCCAGUUCGCAACGAUGCUGCUAUGAUCUGGAAUUUACGGUGGCCCAGAAUCUUGUGGCUGUCAGUAAUGGUUGCUUACUAUAUCAGGUCUUGAGCAAGGAUAAUCCACCUCGCAAAACAUAUGUUUACAGAUUAGAUGUUCCAGUUACUGCUGGAUGGAUAUCAUUGGCAGUUGCACCAUUUGAAAUUCUUCCUGACCGCCAUGGUGGUAUUGUAUCACACAUGUGCUUGCCAUCUAACCUUCCAAAGCUUCGGAAUACUGUUGGGUUUUUCCAUACCGCGUUCAGCCAUUACGAGGAGUACCUUUCAGCACCGUUUCCAUUUGGGUCAUACAAGCAAGUUUUUAUUGCUCCUGAAAUGGCAAUAUCUUCAUUGAGUAUGGGUGCUUCCAUGAUCAUAUUUACUUCUCAAGUUCUAUUUGAUGAGAAGGUUAUUGAUCAGACCAUAGAUACAAGGAUAAAACUUGCUUUUGCCCUUGCUAGACAGUGGUUUGGAGUAUACAUCACUGCUGAAGCACCAAAUGAUGAAUGGCUGUUGGAUGGUCUUGCUGGAUUUCUCACUGAUUCAUUUAUUAAGAGAUUUCUUGGAAAUAAUGAGGCACGUUAUCGUCGAUACAAGGCCAACUGUACUGUUUGCAAGGCAGAUGUCAAUGGUGCAAUCGCUUUGAGCUCCUCUGCUUCUUUGUCAAGCCUGUAUGGGACUCAAUGCAUGGGUUUAUAUGGCAAGAUUCGAUCAUGGAAGUCUGUGGCGGUUCUUCAAAUGUUGGAAAAACAGAUGGGGCCCGAGUCAUUUCGUAAGAUUUUGCAGAUGAUAAUUCUUAGGGCUCAACAUACAGCUCAUCCCUUGAGAACCCUUAGUACAAAGGAGUUCCGACAGUUUGCUAAUAAGGUCGGCAAUCUUGAGCGUCCUUUUCUUAAAGAAUUUUUUCCUCGUUGGGUGGGAUCUUGUGGAUGUCCUGUCCUAAGGAUGGGAUUGUCUUAUAACAAAAGGAAAAAUUUGAUUGAAUUGGCGGUUCUUCGAGGCUGCACAGCUAUGCUGGACUCAAUUACAUCAAUUCCUAAUGGUAUUCCCGAAUCUGAAACCCGAGAAGGUGAUGUUGGGUGGCCUGGGAUGAUGAGCAUUAGAGUUCACGAACUUGAUGGAAUGUAUGACCAUCCAAUUCUUCCCAUGGCUGGAGAGUCUUGGCAGUUGCUAGAAAUACAAUUGCACUCGAAGCUUGCUGCGAGGCGCAUUCAGAAGCCUAAGAAAGGCUCCAAACCUGAUGGCUCAGAUGAUAAUGGGGAAGUUGUUGCUUCUGUAGAUAUGCGUUCUAAUUCUUUGUGCAGUGUGGAAUCUCCUUUACUAUGGAUCAGGGCUGAUCCGGAAAUGGAAUAUCUUGCGGAAAUUAAUUUUAAUCAACCCAUCCAGAUGUGGAUUAAUCAAUUGGAGAAGGAAAAAGACGUCGUUGCUCAGUCACAAGCAAUUGCAACAUUGGGGGCCUUACCACAGUAUUCUUUUUCAGUCGUGAAUGCUCUGAAUAAUAUCCUCAGCGAUUCAAAGGCCUUUUGGAGAGUCCGAAUAGAGGCAGCUUUUGCAUUAGCUCAUACAGCGUCUGAGGAAACUGAUUGGGCUGGUUUACUCCAUCUGGUUAAAUUUUAUAAAAACCGAAGAUUUGACCCAAACAUUGGACUCCCGAGGCCAAAUGACUUUCAUGAUUUCCCUGAGUACUUUGUUCUUGAGGCCAUUCCUCAUGCAAUAGCUACAGUCAGAGCAGCAGACAAGAAAAGUCCAAGAGAAGCAGUUGAGUUUGUUUUACAACUGUUGAAGUAUAAUGAUAACAAUGGAAAUUCUUACUCUGACGUCUACUGGCUUGCUGCAUUGGUCGAGUCAGUUGGUGAACUAGAGUUUGGACAACAGAGUAUACUCUUCUUAUCAUCCCUUCUCAAAUGCAUUGAUCGACUUCUACAGUUUGACAGGUUGAUGCCAAGCCACAAUGGGAUCUUGACGAUCAGCUGCAUCCGCACUCUGACACAGAUUGCAUUAAAGCUUUCAGCAUCCAUACCCCUUGAUCAUGUUUUUCAACUUAUUAAACCGUUCCAAAAUUUUGGAACAAACUGGCAAGUUCGAAUUGAGGCAAGUAGAGCACUCCUUGAUCUUGAGUUCCACUGCAAAGGCGCUGAUGCAGCUUUAUCGUUGUUUAUGAAAUAUUUAGAGGAAGAGCCAUCCUUACGAGGACAGGUGAAACUAGCUGUGCAUGCAAUGCGGUUAUGUCAGAUAAGAUGUGGUUCUGACUCUGAUGAUGAAAUUAGGAGCCCCACGCUAGUGGCAUUACUAAACCUUCUUGAAAGCCAUAAAGCAUUUAACAACAUCUUCCUUCGGCAUUGCCUGUUCUGCAUUUUACAGAUCCUAGCAGGAAGGCCUCCAACACUAUAUGGUGUCCCUAGAAUUCAAUUGCAGCCAAUGGGUGAUACGGAAACUUGUAAUGAACCAAAGAACAAACCUUCAGCAUCUGUAAAGCUACGGAUAUCCAAGCCUCAAGAUCCUUCUGUAGACAUUCUAAAACUCUCUCCUGAUGGUUUGCGCAAUCCUGAAGCUUGCAAGGAUACAGAUACAAUUUCCAAUGGUAAUGAGCGAAGGAUGCCUGUUGUUAAGAUCAGAGUCAGGCAAUCUGUUACAUCCAGUAGAGCUGAAGAUGCUGAUAAUACAAUUGACAAGUCUAAAGGUGGACACAAUGAAAAUGAGCGGGAUGCUAGCAGUUCCAUGUCUGUGGAUGCACCCCAAAGGGUCACUAAUGAGCCUGUUAGCACAAGCAACCAAAAUGUGGAGGAAGUAAACUCAUGCCAUGACCAUGGUUCUCGGAUGACUGCCAGUAUUGGUAGUACCAAACUUGUGAAUGAUGAUGAAAUUGGGAAGGAAUUGCAGUGCACUGCUGACUCAAGAAAAGGUGCUUCUUUGCCUCGGUCCGAUGAUAGGUCAUCGCCUGGGAUCAUUAAGGGUACCAAUGGAGAGACUGAUGCACAGAAAUAUGCAAGUCUUCAAUUGCUACCUGUGGGCAGGCAUGAUCAGGAUGGGGCUCCAGUGUCUGAGGGUGGAAAGUCAAGAGAGAAAGAGAAAGAGAAAGAGAGAGAGAAAGAGAAGAAGAGAAAGGACAAAGAAAAGAAACGGAAGCGCGAGGAGAAAGAUGAGCAUAAAGGGCAUCGUGAUGAUCCUGAGUACUUGGAAAGGAAGCGUCAGAAGAAGAAGAAACAGAAGGAGAAAGAGAUGGCAAAGUUGCUCAGUGGGGAUGCAAAAACAUCUGAGGGGCCGUUGCAGAGUAUGAAAGAGAAAGUCAGAGAGAAGUCAGCAAAACCAAGUGAACAUAGUGGAUCCGAAGCGGUGAUAAAGAGCGUAGAAACCAAAGGUCAGGCUGUAGAAGGUGUUCACAAGCUUCGAAUCAAAUUCAAGAACCGGAGUCUCAAUCAGUCACAAUGAAAUGUAAGAGAUGUAAAGUCAGUUUAGAGGUGUUUCAAACUUUUUAAUAUGGAGGAUUUUCCAAAAAAAAAAGAAAAAAGGGUAGUAUGGUGAUCUGAAAAAUAGUUCACUCCAUCUGUAUGUGACCGUUUUGUUUUUAUUUUACCCCCCAUUCCUUUGGGAGAAUGGUGAUUUGAUGUCUAGCACUGCUUUGUACAUUGCGGGAUAUGUGAAAUUAGAGAAUGUAGUUGUAGUCGAAGUAUGAUUCUGUCUACUCAUUGACCAUAUAUCAAAGCAAAAAAUUUGUUUCCGUUCU